AAUCGGCUGUCUGAGCCACUAUGCGCCCCCAGUCUCGUUAAAAACAGUUGCAGAAGCUACAAGUUGGUAACGUUUUCAUCCUGGUGUUUUUCACACGUUGGCCGCCUGGCUGUUGAUCCGAGCGCAGUGCACACAAAAAACAGCACAGUCCGGAGGAUACAACAGCGAUUCUGGGAAUCUCGUCCGGUUCCCUCAGUUUCGACACGCCGUCCAGACGGCCAUUAAACCACACUCCUUCAGUGUGUCCAGCCUUUAAAGGAUAUAACUGAGUGAUCUCGAAGACAUUUGGAUAUUAACAAAAUAUCAAGGUGUUAUUGCUGAUCACCAGGUCUUGGUUGUGUUUUGAUCUCUCAGUAAGCACUACAGCGGAGUGCUGGUUUUGUCAGUAUGCAAGUCUGGUUGCCUCUGGCUCUAUUGCUGAGCUUGGGGGUCACACACUCUCUCGGACAGAACGAUCUUGGUGAACUUCCUGUGCCCCGUGGUUUAACGCUACAGUCGAAUCUACCUGAACAGACUCUUUUUCUGACAUGGGCGAGUGACUCAUCGCAUUUCGACGUUGAGAUUUUCCACACUGAACUCAUGAAUGUGGUGCUAAAUGAGACAGUGGCAGUUCAAGCAAAUCCUUCAACAGGACAACAUGGUUGGAGUUGGCACUCCCCAUUACCAUUGGAGUGCACCUCUCACUCUGUGCACAUUAGAGCACGAAAUCAACAAACAGUCAGCCAGUGGAGCCCCUUUCAGACCAUUCCAGGGUCUGAUAUUCCUGAGAAGGCUGGAUCUCAGAUGUUUCCUCAGGAUAAGAUGGUAGCUGUGGGCAGCAACAUGACCUUCUGCUGUAUUGUUGGUGAGAAUAAAGACUUUGACAGAAUUUUGUACAAGGGACAGGAGAUGAGCGCCACGCGCUUGAGCAGAAGAACUUAUGCUAUCUCAGUAACCAAUCAACCACCGUCUGGCAACACAAGCACCAAUGUGGUCUGCAGCUCCCAAAGAGGAAUCCUUACUGGAGCUGUGGUGUUUGUUGGCUAUCCACCGGGCGAUGAGAGUUUGGUUUGUGAGACUCGGGACCUGACAUCCGCAGAAUGCUCUUGGAAAAAAGGACGGGACACUCACUUGAGAAAAAAGCUCAGCCGCACUAACUACACCCUUAAUGGAAGGGAUUGUUUGGAGGCUAAUGAAGGGAAGAUCUUCCGGUGUAACUGGACCGUCUGGGAUGGGAACUGGACUCUAGUGGCUCGAAAUCCUCUUGGAACCGUUCAGCUCACUGACUCCGCCCGUCUUACUGAUCGCGUACAUCUGUUGGCUCCGGUGAAUGUGACUGCAGUAGAUGUGAAGGCAUGGAACGCCACACUGCAGUGGAGCUGGUCUGUAGCGGCGUAUAAAAAACUGGACAUGAUUUGCCAGCUGCGGCUCACCGGCCAUGAACAGUUCAUCACACACAACUACAGCAGCAUGGGUUUAUCGUCUGUGGUGCUAGAGGGUUUGUGGCCAGAUGUCGACUACACAGUGUCUGUGUGCUGUGGUUCUCUGCACAGUUUCUGGAAAUGGGGAGAUGAGAACGGCCCCUACAGGAUCCACACUAAAAUGGACCGUCCCGACUCUCCCGAUAUAUGGAUCUGGAUGGACGGUGAAAACACAGGACAUGUUUUGUGGAAACCUCUGUCUGUGAUGGAAAGUCACGGUGCGUUAGAUGGGUAUGAGGUUUCUCACAGCACAGCAGAGGAAGACAGGUGGACAACAGUGUCUCUCCCUCGAGAUGACUUUAGCUAUCCCAUCACCCUUAACAACAGCAGUAACAUCACCAUUGCCGUGGCAGCACGGAACCCAGCUGGUCUUUCCCAGCUUUCCACUAUGACGGCACCCGUGUACAGAGCAGAUUCUCAGGUGUCUGUUUCUGAGCUGUUGGGCACAGAUGGAGGAUUCAACCUGUCCUGGCAGCCUUAUGCCAAUGCAAGCAGAGGGUACGUGGUGGAGUGGGUCCCCUCUGGCUGCAGUGAUCUUUGCCCUGUUCACUGGGAGAAAGUUCCCGAAUCAAACAGCAGCAUCAAGGUGCAGUCAGUUUCCCUGGAGGCGGGAGUACGGUACACAAUAUCUGUGUAUGUUCUCUCUGCUGGAGCUCCUGUACUGCUGCAACGAUGGCAUGGAUACACACAGGAAAUGAUUCCUUCACAGUCAGUGGGUGAACUGUCAGCCAAUCAGGUUGGCCCUGAUGUGCUUUUGUCAUGGAAAGCCAUUGCGAUGGAACAGCAACGAGGCUUUAUACGUGGAUACACCAUCUACCUGGCAAACGCAACACGUCUGGAACUCAUUGGUAAUAUGUCCGAUCCUAAAGUGAGGUUAUACAGGGUGAGGAGUUUGUCUCUGGGGUCAUACAAGUUUAUUGUAAAGGCUUACACAUCAGCUGGAGAGGACACCGGAUCUACUGUAGCCAUUAAACUGGAGAUGGACACUGACAUGUUGGUUGUUGGUAUUGUGGUGUCGUUAGGCGCCAUGUUCUGCUGUCUGAUCCUCAUCAGCAUUUUCUGCUACAAGAAGAGAGAGUGGGUAAACAAAGCAUUUUAUCCUAAAAUUCCUGGACCUAAAGUAUCUGGAGACUGGUCCUCCCCUCAGGGUCCCCUGGAUGUGAAGCCCUCUCCUCACAGUCUGGUCCACAUCGAAGAGACUCCAGAGUGGGAAUUCAGAAAGAAGGUUCUGGUUCCGGUGCCAGAGGAAGAGGAGUCUGAGAAUGAAAAUAUUGAGGCAGACACCGACGAACCCACCUUCCUGAGAUACUACAACCAGGUGGUUGGUGACAGUUCGCACAGUAACCAUAUUUCAGACUCAUCUGGUUCUUCAGCCGCCUCUGUGGGCUCCACGCAGACUGAAAUCACCUACACUGGCCUCCAGAGCCCGACCUCCUCACAGGGGGCUUACGGUGGUGGAGGUUACAAACCACAGAUGCAGUCUGCUGCAGGUCCAGCUGAGCCACAACUCGAAUUUGUUCCAGACUUCCAAGAGGAGAGCUUGAAUAUGGGUUAUAAACCCCAGUGUUCCAGGCAGUUUGACUCUCCUGACGUGGGAAACAUUAGCGGUUCACUUGGCAGCCCUACAUCUGUCACAUCAUCCCAGUUCCUUCUUCCAGAAUCUUCAGAGGAGAAACCGCAGCCUUCCAACACCUGGUUCCACAAUCUUCUCUCUGGAAAAUCCUGAAAACGCACUACUUCAGCAUUUCUUUUCCACUUCAAUUCGUGCUCUUCACCUUUGAGGUUGUUUUUCAGUUUGGUCCCUUACUGGAAAUCACUCACAAUUUAUGUAAUCAAACAUCACUACUGUUUGGGACUUGUGUUACUGACCAGAGAGGUGAAGUACUACUGAAGAGCUGGAGGUAGUUGUAUCUUCUGAUGCUUGCUCAGAACAGUUUGAUGUUUACCUCUAGGGGGCAUCCGUUCAUACUACAGGGUUCCUGUCUUUUAGCAACAGUAGCUUUAGACUUUUCCAGUUUUAUUGGUGUGGUCCCAGAAAAUCUACAUUCUUGCGGCAUUUCAGCGUUCUUUUCUUGUUGUAGCACUCAAACAUGAGAGCUCAAAAAGUGGACAAAAUGGAUGGAUUCGCUAAAUUUGGCGGUCAAAGUCUUGUGAAAAUGUCUUGUUUGAUCAAAACCAAUGCAUUGAUGGUUUGUUCUCGACUACUUUUUGCAUUCAUAUUUGAAAGUCCUUACGCAGCCUAAAGCUAUAAUCUCACUGUUAAUCACCGUGUUUUACAUGUAACGAAAUGCUGAUAACUAUAAAAAAAUCAGUUCAUUAUAAAAACCGGACAGUCAGGCAUACAGCGUUUACAUGAGAUUAUGAAAUUAUCAGAUUUUUCAGAUUAUCAGACAUAAAAAUGUAAACAGACAUGCGCACAUUAAAUAAGCCGUCAAAAGGGUUUCGCUUCAAUUGUUUAUGACAUUUCCCCGAUAUAAGAACAUUGCUUAAGGUGUUUACGUGACCUUUUAUGUUGUCAACUUGCUUGUUUAAGAAAUGUUCCUGGCUCAAAACAAGUUAAAUGGAUAGUUCACCCAAAAAUUAACAUUCAGUCAUUGUUUACUCACCCCUGUGUUGUUAUAACCCUAUAUGACUUCCCUCGUGACAUGGGACGCACAAGCAAAAACUCAGUUUAUCUAAAAACAGGCCCACCACAGCAAUAGUGACAACAGAGCACAACACUGCUGUGCAAAAACCAGAGAACAGAACUUACUAAAAAUGUCUGAAGAGUUUGUAGUCGAAGAAUAGAUGCAUUUCUAUGCCCAGCCUUAUUUUUUUCAACCGGAGUUCUCAAUCAAAGAGAGAGAUGGAGUAGGCGGGAAUGUCUGUCACCUCUUCUCCAUUGUGAACCGGUGAGUAUUUGUGACAGACCUGAAGAGAGUGAAACCUCCACAAAAACAUUUGGUAGGUGUAACAUUCUGGGCCAAAAUCAAGUAGUGAUUUUUUUUUUAAGCUGCUCAUGAGAUGCUGGCUUAAAUACACUGUUAUGAGAGUUUUUGGAUCGGUGCUAGUUCACAGCGGAUGGAGUUACCCGCGUAAUGCCGAAAACUGAAAACAAGCUCGUCACAACUGGUUAGUACAAAAACUCUGAUCAACAUAGAAAAGAUACUUUUAUCGUGUGUCAUUUGCCAUCAGGUUAGGACACAGUGUGACUAUGGCUGCCUGUAGCCUCCUCUACAUUUCUGUUUGAUUUCCAAGUAUUCCGUAAAAAAAAAAAAAAAAAAAAAAAGGCUGGGCAUAGGA